AUGUCGGCAUCAGGAUCUGGAGCGCCCAACGAUGUGUCGAAACCAUCAGGUUUCACUAAGAAGGCAUUCCCACACGUUGACUUGCAAGGCAAUGACCUUCCGCCUUCUCCUGCUCCCUCCAGCCCUCAUGGAGGUCGUCGGUAUAAUAUCGCCACCGAGCUAGUCUUGACCGAGAGCAAUGACCAGUAUAAUGCCAGCAGUGUGCCAAUUUAUCAGAGUGCUACCUUCAAGCAGUCAUCCGGCAGCGGAGGCGGCGAGUACGACUACACCCGGUCUGGUAACCCUACUCGUACACACCUUGAACGACACCUGGCCAAGAUCAUGUCAGCACAGCGUGCUCUCGUCGUGUCUUCCGGCAUGGCCGCGCUCGAUGUGAUCACCCGUCUUCUGCGCCCCGGCGACGAGGUCGUAACCGGCGAUGACCUCUACGGCGGCUCCCACCGCCUGCUCAAGUUCCUCUCAACCAACGGAGGAAUUAUUGUGCACCACGUUGACACAACCAACCCCGCCAAAGUCCUGGAGGUGCUAAGCCCCAAGACCGCCAUGGUUUUGCUGGAGACCCCGACCAACCCAUUGAUCAAGAUCGUCGACAUCCUCGCCAUCGCCACCGCUGCUCACGAAGCAAACCCCACUUGUCUAGUGUCUGUAGACAACACCAUGAUGUCGCCACUUCUCCUGAACCCCCUCGAGCUGGGUGCUGACAUUGUUUACGAGAGCGGCACUAAGUACUUGUCCGGCCACCACGACCUCAUGGCCGGUGUCAUUGCCGUAAACGACCUCACUCUCGGUGAACGCCUCUACUUCCCAAUCAACGCAUCUGGUUGUGGCCUCUCACCUUUCGACUCAUGGCUCCUGAUGCGCGGUGUCAAGACGCUCAAGGUGCGCAUGGACCAGCAGCAAAUCAACGCGCAGCGCAUCGCCGAGUUCCUCGAAACUCACGGAUUCAAGGUGCGGUACCCAGGCCUGCGCUCGCACCCGCAGUACGACCUGCAUCACUCCAUGGCGCGGGGCGCUGGAGCUGUGUUGUCCUUCGAGACCGGUGACGUCGAUGUCAGCGAGCGUAUUGUUGAGAGCGCCAAGAUUUGGGCUAUUAGUGUUAGUUUCGGCUGCGUUAACAGUCUGAUCAGUAUGCCUUGCCGGAUGAGUCAUGCUAGUAUUGACGCGAAGACACGGGCCGAACGUGCCAUGCCUGAGGAUCUGAUCCGACUGUGUGUUGGUAUUGAAGACGCUGAUGACCUGAUUGAUGAUCUACGACGAGCGCUUGUUGAAGCUGGUGCUGUUCGUGUGACGCUGGACGGCAUCGAGGCUAACAAUGCCGUCUCUGCGUAA